AUGUCAUGCCGAAAUUUCCAGCUGAGCUCCAGAUGUGGCAGCCGGAGUUUCAGCUCCUGCUCGGCCGUCACACCCCGGAUGAUCACCCACUAUGAAGUGAGCAAGGGGCCCUGCCGGCCCGGGGGCGGUGGGGGCCUCCGAGCCCUGGGCUGCCUUGGCUCUCGGAGCCUGUGCAAUGUGGGCUUCGGGAAGCCCCGUGUGGCCUCCAGAUGUGGCAUGCCAGGCUUCGGGUACCGAGCGGGAGCCGCCUGUGGACCUCCGGCCUGCAUCACCCCAGUCACCAUCAACGAGAGCCUGCUGGUCCCCCUGGAGCUGGAGAUUGACCCGACGGUGCAGAGGGUGAAGAGGGACGAGAAGGAGCAGAUCAAGUGCCUCAACAACAGAUUCGCAUCCUUCAUCAACAAGGUACGGUUCCUGGAGCAGAAAAACAAGCUGCUGGAGACCAAGUGGAACUUUAUGCAGCAGCAGAGGAGUUGCCAGAGCAACAUGGAGCCGCUCUUUGAGGGCUACAUCUGUGCCCUGCGGCGACAGCUGGACUGCGUUUCAGGGGAGCGAGGGAGGCUGGAGGCUGAGCUCCGCAGCCUCCAGGAUGCGCUGGAGGGUUACAAGAAAAAGUAUGAAGAGGAACUGUCCCUGCGGCCCUGUGCUGAGAAUGAGUUUGUCACCUUGAAGAAGGAUGUGGACACGGCCUUCCUGGUGAAGGCUGACCUGGAGACCAACCUGGAGGCUCUUGAACAUGAGAUCGAGUUCCUGAAAGCCCUGUUUGAGGAGGAGAUCGGCCUGCUGCAGUCUCAGAUCUCUGAGACCUCGGUCAUCGUCAGGAUGGACAACAGCCGGGACCUGGACGUGGACGGCAUCAUAGCCGAGAUCAAGACCCAGUAUGACGACAUCGCCAGCCGCAGCAAGGCAGAAGCCGAGGCCUGGUACCAGUGCCGGUAUGAGGAGCUGAGGCAGACGGCUGGGAACCACUGUGACAACCUACGCAACCGCAAGAACGAGAUCCUGGAAAUGAACAAGCUGAUCCAGCGUCUGCAGCAGGACAUUGAGGCCGUCAAAGGCCAGAGAUGCAAACUUGAGGGGGCCAUUGCCCAGGCAGAGCAGCAGGGUGAGGCCGCCCUCAGCGACGCCAAGUGCAAGCUAGCGGGUCUGGAGGAGGCCCUGCAGAAGGCCAAGCAGGACAUGGCCUGCCUGCUCAAGGAGUACCAGGAGGUGAUGAACUCCAAGCUGGGGCUGGACAUCGAGAUCGCCACCUACAGGCGCCUGCUGGAGGGCGAGGAGCACAGGCUGUGUGAAGGCAUCGGGCCUGUGAAUAUCUGUAAGUAG